AUGGCUUCCGCGCGAACGAAGAAGAGAGUUUCGGACGAAGUCGAUGAGCAGCCCGCGAUGUCAGAAAGACAGGCAGUUCCUACAAAUGCCGGCACACCUUUGCUGAGCAGCAGUCCCAGCAAGCGGCAAAGGCUUGGAAUCAGCUUAGAGCAGAAACAGGCGAUCAUCGAUAACCUGCAAUUAGAGAUUACCGAUCGUGCCAGGCGACUUCGCGCACAAUACAACCAGCAGGCACAAACCCUUCGAUCACGUAUACAGAUGCGCGUCAACCGCGUUCCCAGAUCCAUGCUCAAGAUGACUAUGGCCGAUUUGGUUGCUAGGGCCGUCGAGCAACAAAAGCGCGUUGAGGCAGCUUCGCGGCCGCCCCCAGUGCCUGAAAAGGACUUUGCUCUCCGGACGAGCCCUUACAAACUAGCACCUCCAGCGCGUCCUACCAAGCGUCUGAGUGAUGCUAUGGCAGGCGGAGACAAGGAAAAUGAGCAGAUUCUCAAUCCCAAGAAAAAACAUCGUGCUGCUCCGGCACCUCUGAGCUCCUCUCAGAUACUAUCGCCAACAUCAUCAAACACUAGGUCGCUGGCACGCGAGCGACCGCUUUCCUCGCCGUCAAAGUCCUCUCAAAUCGCUAGACCCACAUCCCCCACGAAGCAGCACACGAGUGCUCGAUCGGCUCUCUCAAAUAUGGUUGAGAAAGCCAAGAAGACCGGCCGCACAGCCCCGUCGCAUCCUCUGAAUGCCUCGACAGCCAGCUCCAACGCAUCUGCACCUGCACCUGCUACAGGUACUGCACCUCCAACAAGAACGCGACGCGCCAAUACAACAACUGCAGCCAAAGCACCAUCGCGACCUGGAACGCGAACGGGCAAACGAAUUAGCGACUCUAGCGAAGACAGCACAGGAACCGUUGUAAAGAAGAAGACAGCAUCAGCUUCCGCGAAAAGAACUGUCAUGGGCACAAUCAGGAAGGGCGUUGGCGCGGCAACUAGGAAGCCAGCAGCACCCCAUUCGGCACCAGCAUCUGCAGCAGGAACUACGAGAGUCCUGCGGAAAAGAGGUUAG